UUGUGUUUCUCCCUAGGCAUUGCAUGCCUUUGCUUCCAGACCUCCCUCCAAAGAGAAGUCUGCAUCUGUGUAACAGUGGCUGCAGCCUUCUCCAUCCAGCUGAGAGUGAAAUUGUGUGUGAAAGAGGACUCAGGGUACCCUGUCUGGCACACAGCGCAGAUUACCAAGACUCCUGCACUUGCUGGCAGCUCAGCUGUGUGCUCAAGGAUGCUGCAUCUGAAAGUCCAGUUCUUGGAUGACUCCCAGAAGAUCUUUGUAGUGGAUCAAAAGUCCUCUGGCAAAGGGUUGUUCAACCUGAGUUGCAGCCACCUGCGCCUGGCGGAGAAGGAAUACUUCGGACUGGAAUUCCAAAGCCAGGCCGGAAACAAUGUUUGGCUGGAGCUUCUAAAACCCAUAACAAAACAGAUGAAAAAUCCUAAGGAGGUUCUUUUCAAAUUUAUGGUGAAAUUUUUCCCAGUGGACCCUGGACAUCUGAGAGAAGAGUUGACAAGGUAUCUCUUUACCCUUCAAAUCAAGAGGGACCUGGCAGUCGGGAGGCUCCCCUGCAGUGAGAACAGCACUGCGUUGCUGGUGUCGCACCUCUUGCAGUCUGAGCUGGGGGACUUUCAUGAAGAAACAGAUAAGAAGCACUUGGAGAGCCACCAGUAUUUACCCAACCAGGAAUAUUUAGAUGAUAAGAUCAUGCAUUAUCACCAGAAGCACGUUGGGAAGACGCCAGCUGAGUCGGACGUUCACCUGUUGGACAUAGCCAGGAAGUUAGAAAUGUAUGGGAUUAGACCCCACCCCGCGAGCGAUGGGGAAGGGACGCAGAUCAAUCUGGCUGUCACGCACAUGGGAGUGCUGGUUUUACGGGGGAACACAAAGAUCAACACAUUCAACUGGGCCAAAAUUCGGAAACUGAGUUUUAAGAGGAAACAUUUUCUAAUCAAACUACAUGCAAAUAUCUCUGCUCUGUGCAAGGACACCUUAGAGUUUACCAUGGCAAGCAGAGAUGCGUGCAAAGCAUUUUGGAAGACGUGCGUGGAGUACCAUGCUUUUUUUAGACUCUCCGAAGAACCAAAAUCCAAGCCCAAAGCCCUCCUGUGCAGCAAAGGUUCAAGUUUCCGCUAUAGCGGCAGAACCCAACGGCAGCUGCUGGAGCAUGGGCGCAAGGGGAAGGGGAAGAGCGCGCCGUUUGAGAGGAAACACUACCCGGCUCAGUACCACGAAAGGCAGUGCCGCUCGUCCCCAGACCUCCUCACAGACGUGUCCAAACAGGUUGAAGACCUGCGCCUGGCAUACGGCAGCAGAGCCUGUUACCGGAACACAAACGGGGUCCACGCGUCGGAUCCCAUGCUGGACAGCAGGAGGCGGAAUUCCUCCGUGGAGGUGACGUUCGCAGCGGAGCUGGAGCGCUCCAAGCCUGAAGCUGACCCCAGGCUCCUGCCCCAUUCCAAAAGCAGCUCUGCCUUCCCGUUGGCCUACGCCGAGCUGGAGCUGGAGUGGGAGCCGGCCGACGGCUUCGGGCAGCGCCGCCCGCUGACCUCCUUCCAGCCCAGCCACCAGCUUGCUGGGAACAGUAAAAGCACCUCGGUUGGCAACAUGAGGGAGGUCACCUCCAGGCAGCUGAGCUACACAGAUGUGCCCUACGUCCCUUCCGCCAGCCAGCCGCUGGAGACGACGUCUCCGCAAGUGUUCUUUUACGUGGACAGGCCUCCCUCGGUACCACGCCACACGCCACACGCCGCCGAGGAAGCAGGGAGAGGGCUGAGUGGCCCUGGCCCCAUGUCAAUGAAACCUUCCAAGAGAUGGCCGGGCCCGGCCCGGAUGAAGGAGCUGCAGCCCGAGGCCUUGCCCAGGACUUACUGCGUUAGCAGGCACCUGCAAGAGGAGAGCAGAGCCCUGGCUGGGGCUUUUGACUACAGCAUUCAAGAGCAACUGCCCAAAAGAUCCUGGAGCCAGUCCGAUAUGAAAACCAUCCAUUUCCCGUACGGGUCGGAGUUCAGGCCGCUGGGCCCUUGCCCUGCUCUGAGCAGUAGAAAAGCAAGUAUCUUACGGUCCAUGCUCGCCCAGCAAGGGCUUUCCAACCCCACUGCAGCUCCGCGCCCGGCCGAACGCGGCGUGGGCAGCGGGACCGAGUCCAGCGACUCCGACCCGGAUCUCCUGAACGCCGAUUACUACUCUCUGUAUGGCCGGGUAGGAAAGUCGCCCCUGGCCCGGGUGCGUCUGUCCUCGGGCAGCCUCCAGCUGGAGGAGGAGGAUGAAGAGGUGUCCUUUGCGACAAGCAGCGCAGAAGCAAGGACUUCAAUGGGCAUGUCCAAUUAUUUCACGUAACCGUCGCCAAUCGGCUUGAGAGCGCAGAGAUUUCCAAAGCCAGCUCGAAGGAACAGGAAAGUCAUUUUUGUGUGGUGCUGCUCCCUCCUCCUUGCUAAGCAUUGUGCCGGGUGAGUGUUGUGUGAGUGCAAUCAGCUGUAGAGACUGUGUUACUGGACGACAGGGGAGCUCUAGGACAUAAAGAUCUAGGCAACAGGCAAGAAAAAGUAGCCACCAGCGGGCACCCCAGCAAAACCUCCUACAUGGAGGUUCUCAACGAAGAGGGGUCAGCUAGUCACAUGCCUUGGGCUCGCCCCAAACUGCUAAAUGUCACAUCCAUGCUCCUCCGCGAGGGGAAUAGAUUAAAUGAAAGCUGCUAAAUGUCUGUUUCUAAUGGAGAGCGAGUGAGAUGGCCACUGGGAGCCUGUUUGGGAAGACUGGUGAGUGCGUUAACAGAACGUUUGUUAUGGCAGCUCCAUAUGCCCCAGCUCCUGAUCACAAAGGAACUCACUCUGUGAUGCCAACCGCCUGUAUUUUGACGCUGCCACAUAAUUAAUGAUGGCGAGGAGCGCCUCUCUUCUAACCACGGAUGGUGCAUCAGAGAGCCUCACCCAAGCCUCUAGACAGGUUGGCUUGGGUACAUCAGAGUUGCAGCCCAGUGUGUUGGCCACUGGCAUUCAGAUUUGUGUAGGGAGUGAAUGCCGCCUCUUCCCCAGCCACGCCAUCUUCAGCCAAAGACGCUGCCGAGAACCAUAUUUUGUACGUCUGUUUGUAAAUCGGUUUUGGCGGCUGCCCUGCAGGCUGCCCCCGCCCGCUGUGAUGCGGGAGGUACUUCCCAUUACCACUGACGGUGUCUUUGCCACUCACAUCCACCUCUCUCCUUCCUUCCGCUACGAGACAGCAUGUGGCCAUACAAGCUACCCGGUGUGGGCCCAAACCUGGGAGGAGAGACACACGCUUCGCCCUCAGAGACACACGCUUCUCGACCCCUAAAUUCAAGCGAGCAGCCGAGAGACCUGGGCGGAAUCACUG